AUGGAUGAUAUAGCGGGGUUGAAGUGGACUUCAACCCCUGUAAGUAAUGCGCAGAAACCAGCGCCCUCCACCUCGAAUUACUCUGCCUUUGCCUCUCUGAAGCCGACACCUCCUACAUCAGGACGUGCCUCUCCAUUAUUCCAGCCGCCAAGCCAGCCCGCGUCGAAACCGGGCACACCUGCAAACGACAGCUUUGCGAAUCUUGUGGGGUUCAAUACUUCCGCCGCUUCGAACAAGAAUCUGUCUCUACAAGAACAGCAGAAGAGGUUGCUAGAGUCCAAGCUGAAGCAACAGCAGGCACAGAGCCAGAAGACACAGACUCAAUAUGCAGCAGGGGAUGAUCAGUUCUGGAACAACCUUGGAAGCGGCAGAGGCACUCCAGCAACCGAGCGUAAGGAACAAAGUGCUACGAACACUGCCGCAGGAAACGGUGUCAACGACGACGAAGACGACUUAUUUGCUGCGUUUAAUAGACCCGCCCCAAUACCCAAGGCUCCAGCCUCGGCUCCUAGCACUAAGGCCACCACAAAUAAUGAAGAGGAGGACGAUCCGUUUGAAUUAUCGGCGUUUGCUAAUCGGAGGACAAACACGGUGGAAACGACCACUACUGUCGAUGAUGACGAUGAUGUCCUCGGUCUGCUUGGAAAGCCAACAUCUGCUCGACUACGCCGACGCUCUCCGUCAAUGGUGACCAAGGAAGAGCGCAAUAGUGACCAUCCUCAGGACAAAGCGGUAGCCGAGCUUGUUGACAUGGGGUUUCCUGCUGAUAAAGCAAGGCAAGCAUUAGAAACCACGGAGUCCGGCCUAGACGUCCAAGCUGCUGUCGGCUUUCUACUAAACCAAGCGCACUCCGAAGCACAGGCGAAGGCUCGAUCUAAAAUUUCAAUCCGGCAUGGAGAAUCUGUCGAGGGCGGUGCAAGAGGUAGCAACCGCCCAGAUUCUCAACCAAACCCAUCUCGGCGCCGGCCGGAUGAACAUGAGAAACCUCGCACCAGAGAGCGAGAUCAAGCACGUGGUCAAGAAAAAGAUUUCGAGCAGAUGGCCACAGAAUUUGGAAGCACCUUCCUCAAAACCGCGAAUUCGUUUUGGAAGCAAAGCACGAAGCGAGUCCAACAGGCUGUUCAGGAAUUCAACUCGGAUGGUGAAGCCAACGGCGCUCCUAAGUGGAUGAGAGAAACUGAGAGGCAAGCGGCCCAUCCACAACUCCCAAGGACACGUCGCCUUGAAGAAGAGCAUGAACAUAUUAGACCUCAACGGCGGGUGGCCGAGGAACAACGAACACCGCAAGCCACCGACGAGGCAUUGAUGCUAGAAUCAUCUCGACCCACACCUCCCCCACGAUCCGCCAGAGAAACACCUCAAGAGCGACCAGUGGGAGACUCUGAGCUAGAUCGUUCUCGUGACCACUCUCCAGCGAUCUUAUCACGACUACGGGACUCGACUCAGCCACCAAAACCUGCGUUCCUCGGACAACAGAAUCCCUCGCCGCCAGUAAACCCGAGAACGACGCUGAACAGACAUGCAGCCGAAGAACAAGCGGCGCAAGCAUAUGUCAGCUCUGCACGGAGACGGAAACCACAACCACCAGCUCCCACACAGCCGCCAGUACCGUUGGGAGAUGACUUGCUCGAAGGUGGUUUCAAAGAUACGUGUACACCACCGCCGCCAGCAAGAUCUACACCAGCGUUGAGCUCGUCACGGCCGCCAUCACAACCCAUCAGACGUACUGAGACACCCGUUCGAGCCCCAGCUCCGCAACGCAAUAUCCCCUCUGUAUCUCCCAUCAGCCUAAAGGCAGUGCACUCUCACCGUGAGAAAGGAAAUGAGCAUUUCAAACGUGGAGAUUAUUCAGCGGCACACCAGUCCUAUGCGACGUCUAUUACCCACCUACCCGAAACUCAUCCCCUCAUCAUUGUCCUUUUAACCAAUCGCUCUUUGACAGCGUUGAAGGUAGGCGAGCCCAAAAACGCCAUUGCCGACGCCGACAAAGCAAUUGCCGUCAUUGGGGUUUCCAAGGGAGAGUCCGAGACCAUUGAUUUCGGUACAGGCGAUUUACCGAAGCCUAUGCGGGACUAUUAUGGCAAAGCGCUGAUGCGCAAGGCUGAAGCGCUGGAGCAGAUGGAAAAGUGGAUGGAAGCAGCGGUGGUCUGGCGCGAGGCCGUCGAAGCAGGGCAUGGUGGAGCGACCGCGAUUCAAGGCCGGGCCAGGGCCGAGAAGGCUGCAACACCCCGACCUGCGCCGAACUCGAAGCCCAACGCGACACGGAAACCGGCACCGGCUGCAGCUGCAGCAAGCAUGAAUCGUGCGGCGGCGGCUUCUAAGAAGGUCUCUGCGCAAGCACAAGCGGCCGCCAUAUCUCGCCUGCGAGCUGCGAACGCCGCGGCUGACAAAGCAGACGACGAGCGUUUCCAGCUCGGCGACCGCGUAGAUGCGCGAAUUCAGGCGUGGAAGGGCGGCAAGGAGGGCAACCUCCGCGCGCUGUUGGGUAGUCUCGAAAAUGCGCUCUGGGAGGGUAGCGGCUGGAAGAAGAUCUCGAUGGCCGACUUGGUCCUGCCGGGAAAAGUCAAGAUCCAGUACAUGAAGGGCAUUGCCAAAGUGCACCCAGACAAGAUUCCCACGGACGCAACGACGGAGCAGCGCAUGAUCGCUGGCGCGGUCUUCAGCGCCCUCAACGAGGCCUGGGACAAAUUCAAGGCUGAGAAUGGACUAUAG